CUCUGCGGGUCUGGGCUGGACUCUGCUGGUCUCUGCUGGUCUCUGUGGGUCUGGGCUGGACUCUACUGGUCCACAUUGGUGCUGUUGAUCUACCUCUGGGCAAGGGACAUACUCUGUUGGGGCGUAACGAGUGUGUGUGAUGGAAAUGGACCUGGAUGUGUGUGUGACGGCAGACAUGCUUCACUUGGUAGACGAGCUGGACGAUAUUAUGGACCUCUGCGGUGAUAAAGUUGAACAGGAGCAGAUACAGAAAAGGACUUUCACCAACUGGAUCAAUGCACAGCUGUCCAAGAGAAAGCCCCCAUGUGUGGUGCUGGACCUCUUCUAUGACUUCAGGGAUGGAGCCAGACUGGGUGACAUCACUUCCUGUGUGUGUAGAGUCGAGAGAGGGCGGGGCAUGUUCCAGCACAGGAGUAACAUUGAACAGCUGUCCUUCCUCAAGAAGAAAUCGAUUAAGCUAGUCAACAUUAACGUUCCUGACAUUAUCAAUGGCAAACCCUCAAUCAUCCUUGGACUCAUCUGGACCAUCAUCAUGCACUUCCAUAUAGAGGAGCUGGCGAGCACGUUGUCCUUCAGCUCUCGUCAGGCGUCGCUGGAGUCUCUGGCCAGCCUGGACACUUUGGGCUCCACCCACAGCAGCGCUCGCUCCUCCCCCCUGCCAAGAAGCUCGGCCCCCUCCCCCUCCCCCCUGCACCAGCACUUCCGCGUCUCCUCCAAGAAAGCCCUGCUGCUGUGGGUCAGGGAGCAGUGCCACAAUUGGAUUUACCCAUGGCCCAACGCAGGGACCCUCAGCAAGGCUGAACCAGGAACUUCAACCCCACAGAACCCGGAGGAGGCCUCCUCCUCGACCGAGAGGGAGCUGCACAUCCCCAGGCUUCUGGACCCUGCAGAUGUGGACGUGCGGGAGCCUGAUGAAAAGUCGAUCAUGACAUACGUGGCUCAAUUCCUGCAGUACUCUAAAGACAUGCCUGUAUCAGACGAAGAAAUGCCAGCAGUCUAUAUGACUCCUCCUCAGCGUUUGUCUCCUAUCAAUCUGCCUUCCAACUUCACUCCGGCCAUUUCUGCUUCUCCAUACCGACAGACCUCAUCCAAUCAGAAGGCCCAGGAAGUGACAUAUUGGCUGGAACAGGCCUAUCAGGAGCUACUUGAGGGGUGGGACUCCACAGAGGGAGAGAGCUAUGCUGAGAGAUAUCAUGUGUUCCAAACCUUCAUCGUGUCAUUUAAUGAGCAGCUGCCUGUUCGUGAUGCCGCUAAGUUAACGGCGAUGAAACGCACCCCUAAACUAAGUGAGGAACAGAAGGGGCUUAGAGCAGCCUGGGACUCCCUUGCUGAAAAGCUGCGUGAGUAUAAGACAGAGCUGGACCUCAGCCUGCCCACUCCCCUGGAUACGGUGGGCCGCUGGUUGCUACGGGCGGAGGCGGCGCUGUCCGACGAGGAGGCCGACUCCCAGGACCACGUCCGAGCGGCCGAGGAGGCGCGAGAGAAGCUGGAGCAGCUCAAGGGAAGUCUGGAGGAGAUGCCUCGGCACCUGAAGACGUUCCAGAUGUUCCAGAACAUGGAUGAGUACGGAGGGGAGAUGGUUCCGACCGACAAGCUGGAGGAGAUAAAGAGGAGGUUCACCAGUGUGAGGGUCACUGCUAAGUACCACGGCGUGCGGCUGGACUACCAGGAGCAGCGACACACAGCACUGGACCUGCUGGGUCAGAUCAACACCAAACUCAACACAUGGAAAAGGGCCUACAUUUCCCAGGAGGCCGUGCGGGUGCUGCUGCAGGAUUGGCAUGAGACGGUGGGGAAGCAGGAGCUGGUGACACGCCUAGAGGGAGUCCUGGUGAAACUGAAGAACAUCGUCUCCAAAUACAGCAGCAAGUCGGCACUGGCUGGUGAGGCGAACCUGGUGGGUCAGCAGUUGAAGAUGCUGCAGGCAGACAGUGCGGUUGCCAUGGAGGCGGUGGCGGCGGUGAAAGGCACCAUGGGAAGAGUGCUGUCAGCGUUCGACUCGUUCUCAGACCUCCACAGCUCUCUACUGGCCUGGCUGGAGCAGGGAACACAGAGAGCAGAGGUGAGUGCGGAGGUGCUGUCGGAGUGGGGGUGUCGUCAGGCCCGCCUGGCCCAGGUGGGCAGCUACCUGCUGGAGGUGACCGAUCCCCAGACCAGCCGCAGUCUGGGCGAGGAGCUGCGCCGCGUCAACCUCCACUGGGACGAGUACGUCAGGAGGGUCCAGCUGGUGGGCGGUGGGCGUGCGGCGGAGCCUGGGGCGGAGCAGGAGGCGGAGCCCGUGCAGGUGCGACCGCAGACGCUCCAGGUGCUGCUAAGGGAGGCCACACAGCUCCUCAAGGAACCGCUGGACGUCAUGUCCACUCCACUACGCACCUACCGCAAGAGACUACAGUUUAUGAUGAUGAAGAUUAAGGACGUGGAUAUGGACGCCCUGACACCGGCACCCGAGUUUCCUGCAGAGACCCUGCAGAAGUUCAAGCAGGCCAUGCCAGAGGUGCUGCAGACGCUGUGUGAGGCCAUGCAGGUGUGUGAGGAGCUGCAGCAGAGUGUGUGUGGGCUGGAGAGUCGUCUGGCUGAGCUGCUGCUGUGGGAGUCGGAGGCCAGAGAACUCUACCAGCUACUGAGAUACAAAUACAGAGCACAGGACCCCAGGACCAGGGAGCUGAUCUCCCGGGGGCUGCAGCUGGAGGGUCAGGUGGUGAUGGAGGAGCAGGACCUGCAGGUGAUGGUGAUGUCGGGUCAGAAGAGCUCUCCCCUGCAGUACCUCAUCGCCUCCAGCAUGCAGGACCGUAUACGAAGCGCCGUCUCCAAAUCUCAGGAGGUCGUUGGCCUGCUCAGUUCUCUGGGUUCUCGACGAGACCAGAGUCCCCCUAGAGACCAGCCCCCCGCCAAAAUCUUUGUCCAAUCACCAGCCGAUGCCGAUGCCCCAGCCCUUCCCCCUUCUCAGCCUUCUGACCAAUCAGAGGAGCCAGACUCAGCCAUGCGGCCAAAGGCCCCACCUCAAGCCCAACCCCCAGAUGAAGUUCAGAGCUCGGGCCCCACCCCUCGGCCGCCAUUGGCCCAGCCGGUUCCCCAGAUCAUCGUGCAGGAGUUCGGCGAGGAGCUCAGUGUCUCUCCACCCCAGCAGGGCCCCCAGACUCAGCCCACAGCCCAAGCAGAUGCUCUGGCCCAGGCCAGCGUGAGGCCCAAGAGCCGGACGCGUCCGCAGGCCCAGGCUGCUGCCAGAGGGGGGGGCGCAGGUGGAGCACAGGCCCCCCCCCCCUCGCCAGCCCCCAGAGACCCAGGAGCAGGGGCACAUGCCCGCUCAGGUGCCCGCUCAGGCCCCGCCUCAGACACCACAGCCCACCCAGCAGCCGCCGCUACCGCAAGAGCCAGCUGCCACACCCCUCGACAUCAGGGCGCGCAAGGCCCUGGCCCGUCAGAACCGACCCUGGCUCCAGCAGAAGGCAGCACAGGCAGAACAAACAGAACGCUGCUAGCCAACCUCAACAGCAAGUCCGAAGUCAGACUCAACAACAAGCAAAGAUCCAGUCUAAACAGCAAGUCCAAAGUCAGACUCAACAACAAGCAAAGAUCCAGUCUCAACAGCAAGUCCAAAGUCAGACUCAACAACAAGCAAAGAUCCAGUCUCAACAGCAAGUCCAAAGUCAGACUCAACAACAAGCAAAGAUCCAGUCUCAACAGCAAGUCCGAAGUCAGACUCAACAACAAGCAAAGAUCCAGUCUCAACAGCAAGUCCAAAGUCAGACUCAACAAGCUAUGCGGCAAACUCAACAGCAAGUCCAAAGCCAAACUCAACAACAAGCAAAGAUCCAAGGACAACAACUUGUCCAAACACAACAACAACAAGUCAAAAUCCAAGAGUCAGUCCAUGGCCCAGAGUCAGUCCAUGACCCAGGCUAAGACCCAGUCCAUGACCCAGGCUAAGACCCAGUCCAUGGCCCAGAGUCAGUCUGUGGCUGCAGCCCACCUCCAGCAGCAGCCUCCAGCUCAGUCCAGACCACAGCUGACGGUCCAGACGCAACCUCGUCCCAUGGUGCCGACCUCACCAACCCCCAUGACACCUGUCCAGCCCCAGGUCCUGUCUCAGAGACAGCCUCAGCAGCAGGUCCCCACCCAGGGAGCCCAGCCCCAACCCCAGGCUUACUUUGCCCAGGGUGUCCACCCGCACCCCAUGCCCCAGACCCACCCCUACCCAGGGUGUCCACCCGGCACCGAUGCCCCAGACCUACCCUGCACAGGGUGCCCACCCGGCACCGAUGCCCCAGACCUACUCCUUGCCCCACAGGGGUUGUCCGCCACGCCUCUGCAGCCCAAAACCCAGCAGCCCCAUCCAGCCACAUCAUCAGCAUGCCUCCGCACGCCACAGGCCCCCAUUCUCAGCAGUGGGGCCCCUAAACCAGAGGUGGUGCCCCAGAGUUACCCCAAGCCCCAAACGCAGGUCCCCAUGCCUGCCCAGAUGCCCCCUCCAUGGGCAGUACCCACCCUACCCCCAGCAGCCUGGUGCCCCACAGCAGCAGUGGGCCCCUAUGAGACCAGGUGUGGUCCCCCAGACCUACCCCCGGCCUCAGACCCCCACAGAGGCACCCGUUCAGGUAGGCAAAUAUCCCCAAAUGCCAGGGUACCCCAAAACCCCGCCUUGGGGUGCCCCAACAGCAGUGGGCUUAACAUGAGGCCAGACAUGGUGCCCCAGCUGCACUCCUCGCAGCCAGGCUUCAGAUGCCACAGGUCCAAAGGUCGCCCCCAGCCGUGGAGCCCCAUCAGGGUGGGAGGUUCCGGCCAAGGGGGUACCCCUCAACCUCAGGGCCCAGUUCCCCUCGCCAGGCUCCCAGGGUCAGCCUGCAGAGCAGUCGGAGCCCAGGCCCUCUCAGGUGGCGGGAGCUGCCCCAGACACAGGCAGGGUCUCGGGGGAAGGCCCCCAGGCCUGUCCCAGGCUCCGCCCACAGGCCUACACGGGAGGCUCACGCUUGCUGCCCAGGCGCUGGCCAGGAACCGGUUUGAGGAGGCCAAGCACUCACUGCAGGGCCACAUCCUGGAGGCCAUCACUGUCUUCAGGGACAAGGAGCUGACCGAGGAACAGGCCCUGGCCAAGGAGGAGAUGCUGCGCUCCCUGGACCCUGAGAUGCUGGAGGAGUUCCUCAGAGCUGCGGAGGGCAUGGAGGCCUUCUGCACCCCCUCCCAGCUCCGAGACAUGGAGUUCUUCACACAGUCCGUCAGGACACAGUGGGAGGGAGUGCGUGCUGCUGUGUCCGAGUAUGUGCGGCAGCUCAGAUUUGAGAUUAAAAGGCGGCAGCUUAACAGUUUGAUACAGAUGUGUGAGAUGCACGUUAACUCUCACGGCCUGAAGCGCAGGCUUGCCUCAGUCCCAAAGGGACAGGCGUGUUUCUCGGCGGAGGCAGCGUAGCGCCUGGCAGAAUCGCUACAGGGCCUGAAGGAGCUGUGUGACACGCUGAGCCCUGAGGACGCCCACCGGCUGGCCCAGGCGCAGCUCCGCGAGUGUGAGAAGAGACUCGCCGCCAUCCAGCACCAGUUCAGCGGAGAGAGAGACACUCCACCACCAGAGGCAGGGUCAGAGGAAUCGAACCCCAGUCCAAUCCCAAACCCAAUCACAGUCCCCAGCCCAGCCGAGGUCCGCCUCCUGUCCAAUCACAGCCCCCAUCCCAGCCCCAAGCGCAGCCUCCAACACAGGCCCCGCCUCCAGCACAUGCCCGCCCCCAGCCCAACCACAGCCCACAACCCAGACACAGACUCCGCCCACACUUCGAGACAUGCCACACCCACACCACAGGUCCCUCCCAGUCUCUGCCCCAGCCCAGGCCUCCCUGCAAAUCAGAAAGACCGCGCCGUGGAGCAGGACCAGAUGGAGCUGGCGCUCAAGUGGAGGGAGCAGAAAACACACCUGCAGAACAGGGUGACAUCUCUUGGCUCGGCCCUCCAGCUGGUGGACUCCACAGAGCGCAGCAUCACUGAGAUCUCAGACCGACUGGACACCUUCAUCAACGAGCCCAAGGACAUCACAGCACACACACUCACACACUCCAACAUCCUCAAGGACAUCAAGGACCUGGACGAGAGCAUCCAGAAGGAGAUGGACCGGCUGUCCCGCUUCGACUCGGACCCGAGCCACUUGGACUCCGCGCGGGAUCUACCUCGGCUCGAGGUGGUUCUGACCCACCGCGCGUCUCUGGACCGUCUGCGGCAGCAGGUGCGCAAGAGCGACGCGGCGGCACGCCGCUUGACCGCUUCCUGGAUGUCGCCAUGCACUGCGGGACCAGACAUCGGGCGGGCGCGGACGCCGGGGCCCUGUGACGACGCGGCGCUACUGCAGGAGACGCGUGCCAAGCUGGCGCAGGUGCGUCCAGGCGUGGAGAGCCUGCGGGAGAAGGCGCCGCAACUGGACCGGCUGCUGGAGGGGGGGCGCCUGGCGGUGACGCGGGACGGUGGGGCGGCCUGCUGCCUGGACAUGGCGACCGCUGCUCGAGGGCUGGCUGGAAUGAGGCCUCGGCGACUGGCAGCCGAAGAUCAGAAGCUGCUGACCGCCGCAGAGAAGCAGGGCCUCCGAGAGCCCACCAUCCCCGCUGUGCAGCAGAGGGUCCGUGCGCUGCAGGACUUAGAGGCCCAGCUCUCCUCCCUGCAGCCUGAGGUCAGCAGCCUGAAGGAAGCCGCUGCCCACGAGAACACUGAGCUGGACACACUCUGGGAGGAGACUCAGAGAGCAGUGACUGACAGGCAGGAACAGUGCACCGUUCUGAUGGAACUCCUGAAGAAGUUCCAGAGCUGCCGCAGUUACCUAGGCAACGUUCUGCAGAGGGCAGAACACACCACAACCACACAGGCCUCUUACAUGGGCAAAGACAACCUGCAGAGACUGAUCACUACGGUCCACGGUAUCAAGGAUGAGCUCAGCGGUCUUGGAGCCAAGAUGGAGGAGAUCAGAGCCGUGUGCAGACAGUUGCAGUCACACCUGAAGAAAAUCCCAGACUGCAAGGAAACUCCGUUCGAAGGAGAGGCCGAUGCUCUGGUGGACACCUGGUUGAUGUAAGACAUCACGGAGAAGACGGACUCGUACAUGGAUAACCUGUGUGUGGGGAUGGAGUUGUGGGAGAAGCAGCUGGCUCUGGGGUCGGAGGUGGACACGUGGGCUGCCGCCAAGAUGGCCGUCUUCGCCGAGUCACACCCCUUCCACAGCGAGAAGCAGGUCCUGGACAUGAAGGUUGAGAUAGAGACACAGGAAGAGAACAUUGAGCGUUUUCAUAAGAAGACUCUGGAGAUUCAACAGCUGCUGCAAAGCAAAGAAGAACCACUGGAGCUGCAGGUGCGUGAACGUCUGUCAGUGUGUGAGAUGCGGCUAGGCGAUCUGGACCGGCGUCUGUCGCUGCGGACAUCUGGCCUGAGGGAGGAGCUGGAGGGCCUCCUGACGGAGCUGCGCCACCAGGACCAGGCUCUGGGAUACUGCCACCAGCACCGAGGCAUCAGCCAGCUGCAGGACAGCUGGCACGGGCUCAAGUCCUGUGAGAGAAGCCUGGAGGGGUUAGAGGGCAAAGUUCGCGACCUCAGUUUGGCCCUGCGCACGGCACCGUCUGAUGAGGAGCUUCCUGCUGACAUCAUCUCCUCUGUUGACACAGUGACACAGUCAUACUGCAGUUUGAGGUCCAGACUGUCAGACAAGCAGACGGAGUGUGCAGAGAACACGGUUCAGAUCGUCAGGGAGUCCCUGAAGGUUCUCCAGCAGUGGAACCAGACUGCAGACACACACACGCAGGAGGAGUCCACCUUCACCAUACAGGAGCUGCUGGAGGAGGGUGCAGUUCUGCGCCAGAGCCUGCAGGUGGCACUGUCUCAUAAGGAGCUGCUGAGAGACUGCCUGGGCCCGGAGCUUGCUGGGAAGAUGGAGAGAGACGCCACCAUAACAGUGAAGGACGCAGACUCAAACAUGGCGUCUCUCACUCAGAGACUCAAGGACAUUGCAGAUCAGAAGAAGAAGGAGGCCAUCAGGCUCUCCCAGGAGAUAGAGCUAAAGUUUCCUCUUCCUGUUGAAAAAAGACUGAGUCCUGUUUUAGACAGUUCUGUACUCAGCUUUGCUGAAACUGAGUCCUCAGACCACCAGGGGGCUCCCUCCCUAUCCCCAGAGAUGCCUGAACAGAGAGCAGAGACUAGAGCCCCUGACCAGCAGGCGGUGUACAGACCAUUAACAACAGACACUAUUAUCAAGUCUCAGCCUGACCAGGCUGAGGAGAUUCACAUAGCUACGAGAGAACCACCACACCAGCAGGUGGCGCCCUCCCCAACAACAGAGACUCUCACCCACAGAUACCACGCUGGUCCCAUGCCAGCGGACACAGACUCCAGAGAGGUGUCCGUUGAAGCAAUUACUCAGGGCCCAGGCUCAACAGAGUCCUCCGCUGCACUAGGGGCACUGUUGAGGGAGAUGCACGAUGAGAUCCAGAGCACUGGGGCCGCUGCUGCCGCUGCUGCUGCCAAACAGAGGAGAUUCCUCACCCUGGAGAAGACACACCCUCCUCCUGACUUCACCCUGGAGAAGACACACCUAUCUCCUGACUCAGAGAAGAGGACGACUGCCCCUUCACCCAAGUCAGAGGGGAGUCCAGCUGUCGGCGGAUGGAGAGUGAUCCCUACCAUAGUGGAGCCAGAAGAGGAUGAGAGUCCGUCAGAAUCAGCCAUGACAGGAGACCUCGGGCAAGAGGAAGACAUAUCCUGGCCGGCCGUUGCACAUACAGAGAGCUUAUGGACUGCCAUGGCAAUGGAGGACAUUGGCAAUCGAUCGCCCACAGCAGGGCGAGUUGGCAUGUGGCCACCCAUCAUUGGCAUGGAGAGAGCGAGGACGGAGAGCAUGAUGUCUGAUGAGGACGCCGUUUACGCUGUUGCUGAAUUAAUGAAAAUGAAAGAGGACACUGAGCCAAUUGGGGAGGAGAAUUCCGACCAAGAGACAGAGGAGAGUGAUGGAGAUGCCCUGCAUACACAAGGAGACCACACCCCUGACACGGACAGCCGAGGCCCAACCGCUAGACAAUCACCUAAGUCAAAGAAGAGAGUGGCCUCUCUCAUUCUGGACGAGGACGCCAUCCAUAUUCAAAGUCUCGAGGUGUCGGACGCCACCAGCAGUGACAUCAUGCGCCUGGUGUCUGCUGGGACUGUGGGCUAUGACACCACUGCCCUUCAGCCGGGAGAGAAGGCAGAUACAGAGGCCCAGGUCUCGGCUACCACUGUGGCCAUGGAGCAUGGCACACCUCAGAAGGAACCACAUGUGGAGGGGCUGGUUGCAGAGGUAUCACCCACGAGAAGCCAGGCAGAGCAGCUGGAGAGAGAGUCUGCUCAUGCGGCACAGGCUCAGACACCUCCAGCCUCACCCACUGAAGCUGGCGCCGCAGGGCCACAAGCAGAAGCAGCCGGGGCCUGGACCAGUGACAAUGGGCCGAGCGGACUGCGCAGAGAGAUCGAGCACUUUGCCGUGGAUAAUGGACCGCGGGAGAUCCAGCGACGCUACAUCAUACUGGACCAGCCUGCGGAGCAAGCAGUCGUUCCGAGGCCUCCUGAGCAAACACUGGCUGCUCAGCAACCUGAUGUGGUCAUCGGCCGGCCCGGUGCAACCGAGCCAGAGCCUGGGGUGUUAGAGAGGGAGGACAGAGGACGUGGCGAGGAACAGAUUGGGAAAGAGCUGCACGGAUCAAAGAAGGAUGAAACCGCUGGAGGUCAGGAGAGACCUCAGGAGGAACAUGCCAAACCGGCUCCACCCUCAAGAAAGAAGAAUCAUCAGGCAGAGGUUGAUAAGAGAGAAACAGCAGUGUGUGCAGAGAGUGAACCAGCCCCACCCUCACACACACAUGAAGACAAAACAGCUGCAGAGGCUGUUAGCCAGGUCAGUUUGGAACCUCAGAAGGUCCAGCCUGUCCCAUCAGUGAGGCGCAAAGAAAAGCCAGAUGUUCAUCGCCUCAGUCAGGUCAGUGCUGAAAUUCAACCACAGACGGAGGUCCAACCAAUCCAACCGACCCCACCCUCAAGGAGACGCAAGGAGAAGGCUGAUCCCAAUCGCCUCAGUCAGAUCAGUGCAGACACCCAGCUGGACAGGACUCCAGAGGUGCUGCCAACCCCUCCGUCCAGGAGGCAUAAGGAAAAAACAGAGGGAGAUGGAGAUGAAAUCAGCUUGGGUGCUUCUGCUGCCAGCUCAUUGGAAGUUCUACCAGCACCAUCCAGACGCCGCAGAUCCCAGGCAGAAGGUGACCAGAUCAGUUUGGGUGGUUCUGAGGUCCUUCCCACUCCACCAUCCAGAAGGCGUAAGGAACAGCUUGAGGGAGAUCAAAUAAGUCUCACAGGCUCUACUGAAGUUUUGCCAACGCCUCCAAGUAGAAGACGCAAAUCUCAAGUAGAAGGUGAUCAUGCAAGUUUGGGUGGUUUUGAGGUCCUUCCCACUCCACCAUCCAGAAGGCAUAAGGAAAAGAUUGAGGGAGAUCAGAUAAGUCUCACAGGUUCUAGUGUCGGUUCUCCUGAAGUUCUGCCAACCCACCCGGAAAUCUCAGUAGAAGGUGAUCAUGCAAGUUUGGGUGGUUUUGAGGUUCUUCCCACUCCACCAUCCAGAAGGCAUAAGGAAAAGAUUGAGGGAGAUCAGAUAAGUCUUUCUGGUUCUAUCACUGGUUCUCUUGAAGUUCUACCCACACCACCUAGCAGACGCCGCAAAUCCCAGAUUGAGGCGGACAGGUCAUCUAUGAGUCUGGAAGCCCUGCAGGAGAAGCCAGAGAUCCAGCCUCCCCCGCCUGCCAGGAGGAAAAAGGAGAAACUACUGGUGGACAUGCCACCGAGCAGUGAAGCCGAGAAACCAGAGACAGAAGCAACAGACUCAGCCAUCAAGCCAGCGCCACCAGCAAGAGGAAAGGCUUGCCACAUUGAAGGUGAUAAGGCAGAGGCAGAGAAGCCCUCUAUAGGAGGGGAUGCCGAGGGAGGAACCCAACUGGAGACAUCCACGGUGGCUGCCAGGGUAGAGGAAGACUCAGCUAAAGAAGAAAAGCCCUCAGUCACUGUUGAAGAGAAACCAGCAGCACCAGUCAGACGCAAGGAGAAAAAAGAGCCAUCACCAGUGCCAGCCAAUCAAGAACUAGAGCAGGCAGAGGCCGAACCAAUCAGCAAGCCAGAAGAAAAGGAAAUGACUGGCACAUCUCAGCCAGAGGUGGGGCAGGAGGCCAUUGCUGCAAAAACAGAAGUCUCAGAGAGUGUUAAGCAGCGGCGCGUGAGCGCUGAGGAGCAGCUAUCUGCCUUGGCGCAGGCUGAGCGCCUCCUGCAGGAGGAGGAGAGCGAUGACGAGCCGCUCGGCCCCAACAUGCAGGACCUCUUCACUCAGAUCAGCAAGAUGACCGACCACGGCUCCAGCACUCUCCUCUCAGAGGCUAAUGUGUACAGGGAGCCGCUGUCCAGUCUGGAGUGGUCUCUGCGUGAUCAGGACGCGCGUCUCACUCGACUGGUGCUCAGAGUGCUCAGCUGUGAAACACGACCAGCUGAGCUUAGCACUGAUGCCAUGGCCCUACAGCUGGAGGAGACAGAGGAGUGUAAGCGUAGUGCUCAGAGGGAGAUCUCCGCCCUCUCCCAGCUGCUCCAUGCUAACACUAGCGCUGAUGCUAACGGUGAAGGUCACGACCUUGCGGAUCAGGACCUGGAGGCAGAGCAGCAGCUGGAGGGCCAGUGGUCGUCCGCCCUGUGGGAUGCCUCGGCAGCGGUCGUCUCCAAGGAGACGGAGCUGGGGCUAGUAACGGACUACAGUCGUCAGAUGCAGACUGCUAAGGACACUCUGAAGCGACUGCAGACAGAACUCGACAACCUCAAGAUGACUCCGCAGGAGAGCAGCUUCCUGGAGGCGGUGCGUCUGCAGGGCUUCCUGCGCGGCAUGGAGCAGGAGAGGGGCAUUCUGGGAGAGCUGCUGCGGACGCUGUCCAGCCUGUCCCCGCGGCUCAGCGAGCCGGACCGUGCGUGCGCCCACACGCAGCUGCGGAGGCUGCAGCGGGAGUGGCGUGAGCUGGAGCGGGCGGGCGAGAGGACCCUGCGGUGCGUCCAGCACUUCUCCCGCGAGAGCGCCCUCUUGCUGCAGGAGGCCAACGGGCUGCAGGAACACCUACGUCACCUCCAGAGGGCGCUACACCCCUCGCCGCCCACCACCCCACCACCCUGGGACCCCAAAGCCGCCCGUGAGGGCAUGCUGCUGACCGCCCGGGCUCUCACGGCCGUAACAGAGCUACCUGCACCUGCAGCAGGUGAUGGCCAGACCAGCGCAGUCUUAGGCCAAGAAACAGGCAGGAGAGGCGACAUCGAGGGCGGCUCGAAAAGAUGGCGUGUUCCCGAGGAGGUGCAUCGGGAGGUGCGCGAGCUGAAGCGGCUGCAGGCUGAGAUGGGCUCCAAGCAGACGCAGCUGCAGGCGCUGGUGGAGGAGGUGGGAACGGCGCCAGGCCUGAACCUUGACCCGGCAAUCCCCAUGGUGAGCCGCCUCAAAGCUCGCGUGCUGGAGGGGCUGUCCAAAGAGCCGCGACCGGAGAAGGCUGGAGGAGGCCGGCGGGGAGCCUGGGUGACCAGCGCAGCUGCAGCCUUGAGGGCCCAGCGCAGGACCGAUGACCACAGCCAGGGGGCGCUAGAGCUGGAGCGCCGGUCGCAUCAGCUGCGGCAGGUUCUGGACCAAGCGGAGCGGCAGACGGCCGUGUGCGAGGCCCUCCUGAUGACCAGCAGGGACGUCGCCACGGAGCUCAGCGUGGCCGAGAACUGCCUCCUGGACGACAAGCUGGGAAGGCUGCUUCCUACCCACAAAGAUGUGGCCUUGAGCUGCUAUCCCGUCAUCGCCGAGCUCCACCACAAGAUGGCGGCUGGAGCAGGCGGCGACACAGCGCUACCUGGCCUACAGCGCGCGUGGAGGACUGAAGGAGGACGCGCAUGGGCUGGCGAUGCGGCUGGCCUUGGGGCGAGCACGCGCUUGCGGUGGCGCUACCGCCACUGCCUGGCCCUGCUGACCCACGUGCCGCUGGUCAAGCUGCUGUGCGAGGAGGCCGGCGAGGAGCUCCACCAGGUGGCGCCAGAGCUGUUCCCCAGCCAGCUGACCGCCGAGCGCACACGGCUCGGACAGGCGCUGGACGCGCUCAACACCUGGGAGCUGACCGCGCACAACAACCUGCAGAUCCUGGAGUGGGAGCAGCUGCGCGGCGUCCACUUCCUGUCCGAGUGCCGCGCGGUGAUGCGUCUUCUGCGUGAGGCCAACCGGGCGCUAGAGGGCGCCGCCGCACUGCCUGUCCACCAGGAGGCGCUGGACCGAGAGCUGCGGAGGUGUCUGGCCCUCAGGAAGAGCGUGGAGGCGAUGCAGCGUGCUGGGCGUCCUCGAGCCAUCACUCGGCGUCAGAAUGUGGUCCUGGACAAGUGUGACAAGAGAAUGGAGAGUGUGUCGAAGGCGAGGAAGGCGUUGCGGAGCUACGUGUCAGUGAUGGGCACGGCGGUCAUCAUCCUGCAGAAAGCCGAGACGUCGCUGCUGCCCACCAGCUGGCGUCAGCGCACCUGCUUGGCGUCUCAAGGGCGUUCCUUGGGCGGCGAGGCCCUGGAGUGCGACUUCCAGACGCACGUGUCCCGGCUCCAGACGCUGGCCCCGCAGGCCGCCUGCUUCUGCCCAGACCAUGUGCAGCGUCUGCAGGCCGGCGUGCUCAGCCACCUCCUGGUGCGGCUCUCACAGCUCCAGGCCCAAGCCCAGCUCAGGACCCAAGCCUGGGAGGGUGUGUUGAAGUGUAGCAGCAUGCAGAGACAUUGCUCGGGUGUGGAGGCGGCGAAGAAGGUCGUGCUGGAAACCUCUGAGGAGAUCUGCCAGCAGGUGCGUGAUGCGGAGACUGCCCUGGCUGAAUGCACCGGCCACAACAUCACCACCCAGCAGGACUGCAAUGCCCAGAGAGACAAGCUUAAGGCUCUGCUGGAGGAGGUGGAGUCUCUGCCCCUCACCCUGGAGAAGCUGCAGGAGUGGUGUCCGGUGCAGGGUUGCCGUAGUAACCGCGAGGAGGCCGUGAGCGCCCUCUGGGGGCAGGUGUCCAGACUGCAGCGCUGCACCCAAGACCUCAGAGCUCGCUCGGAUGCCAGGUCCGCAGAGUGGACCCACAUCACCAAGAGCGUGGAGAAGGCGUCCAUCGUACUAGAGCAGGUGGAGGCGGAGCUUCCGGAGUCAGGGGCGGAGAAGGUUGGGGGGGAGGAGCUUCAGGAGCGCCUGCAGUACUGGACGCAGUACCGGCAGCUGGGACUAAAGAGCCACGCCCCUCGACCCCUCGAGCUCAGCAUUCGCUUUCGUCUCCUCGCGGUCCCGCCCAGUCUGGAGCAGGCCCCGCCCAUCCCUCUCUGCCAGGAGCUGCAGGCCAUGCAGGAACGCUACAGGAGCCUGCGGGACAAGUGCAUGCUGGGACGGCGUGCGACGCUGACGGAGCUGAUGGAGCGGGAGAAGGUGCGGCAGGAGCUGCAGGGCGUGAGGCAGUGGCUGGUUGCCGCGGUGACGCUCUUCACGGCGCUGGAGGAGGACCCCAGCACUCAACAGCUACAGGAGGUGCACUCGGAGCUGUGUACCCAGAAGGCUGUGCUCCAGCGCAUCAUGGAGUCCCUGCGGAUGAAGUACUCCGACAUGUACACGCUGGUUCCCGUGGAGAUAGAGGGCCCGCUACAGGAAGUCUCCAGCUCGCUGCAGGAAGUGGAGGAGCAGGUGCUGGACAUGGUGGAGAAGAGUGGCCCGCUGCACCGGCUGGGCGCCAGAGUGGCGGAGAUCAGAGCUGGUCUGGGGUCAGUGCAGAGCCGCCUGAAACAACGCAGCGCCUCCAUCACCGAGGCAGAGGCCACGCAGAAGAUUGUAUGGGACGAGCUGGACGUGUGGCAUUCGCGUGUGGCGUGUCUAGAGGUGGACAUCCAGGACCUGAGUGAAGAGCGCCCCCAAGAGGCCCAACUGCUGACCGACGGCCUGGCCGACACACAGCACCUCCACACACUCCUCACCAAGCAGGCCGAGCAGCGCACCACCCUGCUCAGCAAGUGUGUGGUGGCAGAACCCGUCAUGAUCCCGCUGCGGUCAAGCACACACACACACACACACACACACACCACCCCCUGCACCUACACCAGCGCUAAAUGCCUGGACAACCACGUCAACGCACUACAGGUACACACACACACACACACACACACACACACACACACACACACACUCACCGCCCCAUGCACCUACACCAGCGCUAAAUGCCUGGACAACCACGUCAACGCACUACAGGUACACACACACACACACACCACCCCCUGCACCUACACCAGCGCUAAAUGCCUGGACAACCACGUCAACGCACUACAGACGGUGCUGGAUGACUCUGCUCAGGUGCGGCGGACGCUGCAGGGCUUUGAGGGAGUGUUGCGGGAGAUGUCGGAGGUGUGUGACGUGGCAGCGCUGCGAGACCAGCUGACCGCCGCUGACCAGCGCGUGGCCAACAUGCAGACCAGCUUUGUGGGGCCUCUCGCCCAGCUGGAGAACGCCGCAGCCGAGGUGGACGCCAUUGAGUCGGAGGUGAAGGCCAUGGAGAGGGACGGUUCAAGUGCGGUCAGAGGAAUCCUCUCACCUGAGGGCUCCAUUACCAACAUCCCCAAGGACAAACUGAAGGAGGCCCGUAGUCGUAUUGAGCUGAUGAAGAGGACCAUAGUGGAGAUCCAGAGCUGUAGGGAGGGGCUAUGUCUCCCAGAGGGGGCGGAGCAAACGCUCACCGUGUUCCGCAAAGCAGAACAGAUACUGCUGCACCUACAACAACUGGAGAAGAAACUGCCCCUCUGCCUCCCCUACUGCCCCCUACUGCCCCCACAGGAGAGGAUGUCCUCAGCCCACCCCCGUCCACUGCAUCCUCAUGUCCUGACGUCCCAGGAGAGUGAGGAGCAGGGUCAGAUUCAGAUUGCCCAUGUUGAGGAGAACGUUCUAAAGAGAACUGGCGGAACCCUGAUGACGGUGGAGUCGUCCAGCCCACAGCAGAGACCGGCCUCAGGCAGAGAACCGGCCAGCCAGCCCCCGCCGGACCAGAGCACUCAGCAGAACGCAUCGAACACCUCAACGUCAGAGGAGGAGGAGGAGGAGGAGGAGGAUGAAGAAAGUGGUGAGAAUGGGGAGAGAGAGGAGAAGGAGGAGAAGGAGGAGGAAGACAAACUCUCUCCUUUCUACUCAUGUGACUCGGAUAGCAGCAGUGAGGAAAAGGAGGGAACGUCUGCCCUUAGAACCGACCCUGGAGAUACAGAAGAGAGUUCUGCUGCAGCCUCAGAACCAAAGGCUGUAGUGGGCGUGUCUCAGGUGGGGACGGCGGACUCCGUGUCCAAGCCCGUGGCGACGGUCCGAACGCAGUCGCUGCCCAGAGAGCUGGGCCUCACGUCCAGCGGUCAGAGUGACCCUCCAGCGGGGCUGAAGACGCACACACACCUCGCACACACACACCUCGCACACACACAGUGCGGGAGCAGUCUAGCAGAGGAAAGUCAGGACUCAGGGGUUACCUUGGAGACGACCUCUGUGACCCUGGGGUCGUGGGGUCAGGAGGGGUCAUCUGAGGUGGCGAGCGGCACGUGUCCCCUGGUGCCCUCUAAGGCCUGCCCACUGCCAGGUUCCAGGGGCCUGGAGACGGAGGCUCUGCCCAGAGAAGAGGCACCUUCAUCGGGUAGCCCACCACCGGAGCCCCCCCCUCCAGACCCUGGGGCCACGAGAGGUCCCUCACACCCACACACACCCACACACACACACACCCAGAGAGAGGCCUCUCACACACACACCUCGAGUGCUGACACACACCGAGGCCCCCAGGAGUGUGCUAAGAGACCCCCCACAGACCAAGCUGUGGCCGCAGGUGAAGCCUGGGGCUCAGGUAGUGGCGUGCCCAAGGCUGGAGUGCUCCAUGCCUGCCGUGAGCGUGUGGAGCGGCUGGAGGAGUGUCUGCAGCAGGUGCAGGGCAGCCUGACACCAUCCACCACCACCACCAGCAGCAGCAGCAGCAUGCAGGACAGUGUGGAGAAACAGCUCCUCUCCUGCCAGGAGAUGUUCCAGGAGAUUGAGCUGAAGGUGUGUGGUCUGUCGUCCCUGGACGUCCAAGAUGCUGUGGGGGAAACACAGCAGGAGGCUGAAGCUCUGUCCUCUAAACUAGAGCUACUCAAGAACAGCCUCGUCACCUUCCAGAAUAUUCUACAGGCGUCUCCUCAGAGAGAGCUCCCCCUAGAGGCGCGGAGGAGACGCAGCUCCAGUCUGCAGGAGAUGUUCUCCUCAUCUAAGAGUCAACUCAUCAGACAGAGCAGUCUACAGCAACAGAGGGAGCUGGGUCUGGGUCUGAGUGAGCAGAGGGAUCUGACCAAAGCUCUGGCCAGACAGGGCAGCAGGACCAGACUACAAAGCCUACUGACCUCAGAGGAGCAAGCACACAGUCCAGCCGGACCUUCUGCUGACGCUGCUGGACAGGAGGAGGAAGUGGCAUCACACAGGAAGUGGACGCACCUCCUCAGCAGACUGACCGACGCCCAGAGAGGGCCCACGGCUGAUCUGACCUCUGAUCCUGAGCACAGCGAGGUGUGUAUCCCUGCGGUGAGUGUGUGGAGCAGUUUAGCAGGUGACCAGAGUCUGCAAGACAUCACAGAACACCUCACACACCUCACACACCUCCGAGAGGUCACCCUUACUGCUGCUCAGGCCAGUCCUGACGAGCUGUCUCAGCGGAGGGUGGAUGAGGGGCUGUUUGAGCUGCUGUGUUCCCUGGAGCUCUCGCUGUCCUCCCUCUCAGCCCUGCUGCACACACACACACAGCCCUGCAGCCAGGAGCACACACACACACAGCAGCAGCUGCAGCAAGUACAGAGUAUAUCAGCUGUGCUGUCCUCAGUGGACUCUGAGCUGGCCUCUCUGGGUCCAGCUGUGUGUGGAGUUCUGUCCGGUUCCUGCUCCGGUUCCACUCCAGAGGCUGCCGGUUCCUGCUCCGGUUCCGCUGGUCCGUCAGAGUGCCUGGUGCUGGUCCAGCAGCACGUAGCUGAGGUCCAAACGAUGAUGACUACCUCACAGACGCAGCUGCAGGAGAGACUGGACACACACACUCAGCUACAGAGGCGUAUGAGUGAACUGCAUGCUUCCAUCCACACUAACCUCUCAGCUCCACAAUUCCCUCCCAACCUGCAAGACCUUCAGCACCAUCUACAGGUGGUUGCUGAGUUACAGCCGCAGUAUCAGGAGCAGGAGAGGCUCUUAACCAAUCUACAGAAGGAGGCAGAGUCACAGCAGCUGCCCUCCAGCCUAUCCCAGCAGGCCGUGCAGCUCGAGGCGGUGCUGGAGAGUGUGUGCUCGUCUCUGCAGCGGAGCAGCACUGGUGUGUGUGACACGCUGGAGAAGCAGCGGCUCCUCAGACGACUCGUCCAGGGCCUGCGGAACCUUCUGCUGCUGGCCAGAGACCGCAUCACACACACUUAUCCCCUGGACACACACACGCCAGCCCAGCUGCAGCAUCACAUCAGCACACAGGAGAAGCUCUUCCUGUCUGUGGAGGCGCACCUGCGGACGCUGCAGCACCUCUUCGAGCCAAGACAGCAGCAGCAGCAGCGCCUCAGGAUGGAGGGUGAAGGGCCAGAGACGAUCCACCCGCACAGGAUCCUACAGAUUUGGACUCAGUGGGAACUGAGCCGCUCCUGGUUGGAGAACCGUCUGACGCAGCUGGAAAAGCAGCUUCCCAUAAUGCAUCUGGAUGAGGAAGAAGAGACAGAAGAGGAGCUACAAGAAAAUACAUCUGUCUAUGAGAAACUGCGUGCGGAGCUUCGGCAAUGCCACGCCCACAGUCACAUGAUCACUGAGCACGUGCAGAGACUGCAUCGGGAAGGCGGGGCCUCGGACACUGUGGGUGGAGCCACACAACAGCUUGAGCUGCGAUUGGCUGCAUUACAGCAGAAAGUGGACCAUGGGCUAAACGUGGCGAUCACCACCAGGAGCAUCUUGAGCAGGGCCGUGGAUCUCCAGGCGGACGUCUCUGCCCAGCAGUUCUCAGUGGACCUACUGAACCAGGCUGUUCUCCAGAUGGACGGCUCGGACACACACUUCCGAUACACACACACUCAGUUUGCCGAGGAGCUGGGAGACCUCAAUCACCGCUGGACCCUCCUGCAGACCACACUCAAUUCACAGGUGCACCAGGUGGAGCAGCUGGUCAGUGAGUGUGCUGACCGGGAGGCCAAACUGCACUUCCUGCUGCGCUGGGUCAAAGGUCAACAAGACUGGCUACGAUUGGCCGAGAGGCCCAGCUGUCGAUCCGCUGCCGAGAGGAACGUGAAGGAGUGUGAGAUCCUGCAGGAGCGGGCGAGACAGAGGUGUGCUGAUCUGCAGAGUGUGUGUGAGGACCAGGCAGAGAGCCACACCGCCCAGAUGGACAGCCUCACACAGCGCUGUGCCGCUCUCAUUCAGCAGUGUGUGUGUGUGCAGAGUUCUCUGCAGCAGGUGUUGGUCCAGUGGGCAGUCUAUGAUGCGUCCCUGGAGAUGGUGACGCGACACACACUCGAGACCGCACACACACUUCAGCUCUGCUCCAGCCCACCCCUCUCACUGCCCUCACUCCAGGCCAACACUGAUAGGCUACAGCUCUCACAAAAGGCAAGUGAGGAGAUGGGCCAAAAGUGGGAGGAGCUUGAGCAGGCUCUCUCCGCCCUUGUGGGCCUCAUCGAUGCAGACUCCGCCCACGCCCUGACAGAACAGCUGAAGAUGGAGAGAACACAGUGGUGUGAAGUGAAGCGGAGGCUGUCAGCUGAUGUCCAUCAGAGUGUGUGUGUGAUGGAAACGUGGCGUCGUUAUGAGUGUGUGUCAGAGCCGUGCGCUCAGCGCCUGCAGUUGUACAGAGAAAAGCUGAGCGCUCUCACACACCACCAACACACUCCACCAGACCUUACUGACCACAUACACACCACUCAGACCCUGCAGGAGAACUUAGACCGCCUCCAGGAUGAUCUACAGGAGGAGAUCGAGGCUACCAAGGUUCUGAUUGGACAGCUGGACCCGUCAUCUGCCGUCUUCAUCCAAUCACAGAGUCGUUACUGUCACUGUACGGGAGUGCUGCAGCUGGCACAAGCCCUAUCAGUGAAGAGAGGAGAGUUGCAGGAGGACUUGAGGCAGCUGCAGGAGUUUGACUGUUUGUUUUCAACUCUAGAGAAACAUCUGGAAGACUGGCACAGUACAGAGAGCAUCUCAGAGUCACAGCUUACUGAUGUAGCAGAGUCUGGGCUGCUGGACCUUAGUGCCCUCUCUCCAGACUUGGAUUGGCUGAAUGACCUCAGCUACACCCGCCCUCUGAGUGAGUCCACCAAUCAGAGGCUGCAGAAUCUGAACAGGAAGUGGGCAGAAGCCUCUGCUCGCGCCCUGGAGAGAUGCAGUGAGCUGCAGGCUGCGUGUCUGCAGCAGCAGGGUUUUGAGCAGCGCUGUGAGAGCUGGAUGAGUUUCCUGCAGCGCAUGGAGGACAACCUGGCCGUGGAGCUGCCCCACAACUACACACUCCUCAGAGAACAGCUACACACACACCAGCGGUUCCAGGCCGAGUUGUCUCUUGGUCAUCAGAUUCUGCACUCUGUGAUUCAUGAAGCACUACACCUGUUAGAGAGGGGAGAGGUGGAGGACAGGAACGACUUCCUGUUGAAGCUGGCGCAGCCGCGUGAGCACUGGCAGGGGGCGGUGCAGCGGUCAGCCCAGCGGCGCGCCCUGGUGGACGGUCUGGUGCAGCACUGGCACCUGUACAGACACGGCCUCCGCAAGCUACGCAAGCUCCUCCCCAUCAGCCACAUGCUCCUCCCCCCCACAGGCCCCUCCCACUGUAGUGUGGCACAGCUCCACCUCGCUCUGCAGAACCUGAAGAGGACGGAGAAACCCAGCGCUGUUAGCCCAAGGCACUUGCAGACGGUGAGGGGUGGGCCUGGCUGUUCAGCUGCGUCAGACGUGCAGACGCAGGUGCAGCUGCAGAUGGAGCUUGCAGCGCUGCAGGAGCAGUGGGACCAGGCGCACAGCAUGCUGGGAAAGAGGAGGACCCUCACCAGUGACAUCAUGAAGAGCUGGGAGAGCUGCGAGAUCCAGCUAGCCGAUAGUGCACAGGAGCUGGAGGAUAUGAAGGUCAGGCUGAAGCAGCCGAUCCCAGAACACUUGGAUGAGAUGCAGGAGGCAGAGCAGUUUGUGAAGGAGGUGGAGGACUCUCUGGGCCAGUGGGCCUUGCGUCUGGGCAAGCUGAGCAGCAUGAAGACUGACCUGUCCCAGUACAUCAUCACCGACGACGUGCUGCUGCUUCAGGAGCAGGUGGACCAUCUGCACGGACAAUGGGAGGAACUAUGCCUCAAAGUGUCUCUGCGUAAGCAGGAGAUUGCUGACCGGCUGAAUGCGUGGAUCAUCUUUAACGAGAAGAACAGGGAGCUGUGGAGUGGUCGCGAGAUGGGAGAAUCAAGGUAUACCACAGCACCGAAGCCCAGCAUCCGAGGAGACAUGGUGGAGAAACUGAAGAAGGAUUGCAUGGAGGAGAUCAACCUUUUCAGUGAGAACAAGACUCAUCUGAAGCAGCUGGGAGAGCAGCUGAUCAGCGCCAGCAACAAGACCAAGGAGACCGAGAUCAACGACAAGCUCAAGGACAUCAACGACCGCUGGCAGCACCUCUUUGACCACAUCGAGUCCAGGGUGAGGAAGCUGAAGGAAACUCUGGUGACGGUCCAGCAGCUGGAUAAGAACAUGAGUAACCUGCGGACGUGGCUGUCCCGCAUAGAGGCCGAGCUGGCCAAGCCUGUGGUCUACAGCGUGUGUCACAACGAUGAGAUUCAACGCAAGCUCGCCGAGCAGCAGGACCUGCAGCGGGACAUUGAGCAGCACACUGAGGGUGUGGCGUCUGUGCUGACGCUGUGUGACGUCCUGCUGCAUGAUGCGGACGCGUGCGGGACUGACCUGGAGAACGACUCCAUCAAACAGACCACGCACAGCCUGGACCGUCGCUGGAGGAACAUCUGCGCCAUGUCCAUGGAGCGCAGGAUGAGGAUCGAGGAGACGUGGCGUCUGUGGUGUAAGUUCCUGGACGACUACUCUCGCUUCGAGGACUGGCUGAGGGUGGCCGAGAGGACUGCCGCUAACCCCGCCACCACCGACACCCUCUACACCAGCGCCAAGGAGGAGCUCAAGAAGUUUGAGGCGUUCCAGAGGCAGGUUCAUGAGCGGCUGACCCAGUUGGAGCUGGUGAAUAAGCAGUACCGGCGGCUGGCCCGGGAGAACCGCACGGACGCCGCUAGCAAGCUCAAGAUCAUGGUCCACGAAGGCAAUCAGCGCUGGGACAGUCUACAGCGCCGCGUCACCGCCAUCCUGCGCAGACUCAAAUACUUCACAUCUCAGAGGGAGGAGUUUGAGGGGGACGCCAAGGAGAGCAUCCUGGUGUGGCUCACAGAGAUGGACCUGCAGCUGACCAACGUGGAGCACUUCUCCGAGAGCGACAUCCACGACAAGAUGCGCCCCCUCCAGGCGUUCCAGCAGGAGAUCACUCUGAACACCAAUAAGAUCGACGCUUUCUUGAUCGUGUUCAAGUAGACGCUGAUUCAGGUGAAGGCUCCGCUAGACUGCAAGGAUCGAGAUCUUGUGCGGGAGGAGCUGCACUCCUACUGCCAGGAGGUGUUCGGACGCUGCUGCCUGGCUUUCCACCAGCUUGACCACAGUGACUCCACGGUGCUGGAGGAGGAGGCGGAGCUGUCUGACCUGGAGGAGUCGGGGGAGCUGGGGGGGCCGUGGGGGGACGAGAAGGACGAGCUCGCCUGGGAGGGGCCAGCCACGGUGUCGCUAGCUGGGCAGGUGUGUCAAAUUGUUGGCUCCGGGCUGGAGAAAGGCCGGCCGAGAUGGGUCAAUGUGGACUCCAUUCCGCUGGAGUGGGACCACGCGGUGGACGUGGGGGGGUCGUCAUCGCACGAGGAGGAGGAGGACGCCACUUACUACAGCGCCCUCUCAGAGGUGGAGGUGACGGAGAGCUCAGAGGCGUUCCAGAGGGCCACAGCCAGAGCUCUGGGCUCUAGGCCUGUAGGUAAAGCUGAGGUUACGUGGCAUCUCUCUCCAGACCCUCACCACAGGAAGAGAGACACACACACACACACCAUCCACAGUCUGGGCUCUUCUACACACACCAGCACGUCUUUCCAUACGCCCGGCUAUGUACGGCUCAUGUCAGAGUGCAGUGGUACUAUAGACCGGGUGAAGAGGGUGGAGUUGCUCUUAAGCGAUGAUGAGCUGUUGGAGCCUGGCCUUAAAGCAGUCAACUCACCAGAGAAACAGCCAGGCGUGAUCGAGCGCUGGGAGCUGCAGCAGGCGUGUGGAGCUCCGGGCCUGCAGGAGGGGGGGAUGCGGUGGUGCGUGCUCCAGGAUCAGCUCUCCUCUCUGGGCCUCUGGCUCAGCGCCGUGCUGCCUGAGCUCCAGCACACACACACACUGCAGCCGCAAACCAGCCUCGCCAGCAUGGAGCAGCACAUACGCAAGCUCAAGGAGAUGCAGAAAACCUUCACCAGCUACAAGGCCCAGAUGAUCUCCAUCAAUCUGAUUGGCCGGGAGCUGCUGGGGGGGCAGGACCUGCAGAGCACAGCCAGUGACGAGCUGAAGGAGCUGCAUGAGAAUCUGAGAUCCACCAAUCAGAAGUGGACACAGGCCUGCGCCGCCCUCGACCGCUGGGAGAGCCGGCUGCACAAAGCUCUGAUGCAGUGCCAGGAGUUCCAUGAGAGCCUGCACUCCAUGCUGCUCUGGCUGGCCCAGGUGGAGAAACGACGCUUCAACAUUAACAUCCAUGACCACAAACUCCACAGGGGGGCGCUAGAGGCCCACCAACACACACCUCAAAGUGUGGAGCUUCAGCAGCGUCAGCAGGAGGUGCGCCCCCUGGUGGCUGUGUGUGGGGAGCUGCUGCUGGAGGCCCAGGGGGAGGAGGUGCUGGAGGCGCGCGAGAAGGUGCACGUGGUCAACAACAGGCUCCGCCUCCUGCUGCGCCACGUCCAGCGCGACCUCAGCGUCCUGCAGGCGCGCCUGGACGCGUGUACGCUGGGCAGUAGUGUGGACCCCACUGAGGAUGACCAGACAUGCGGGGCCUCCCCCAAGCACAAGGUGGUGGAAGGACAAAGUGCAAUAGAGAGAGGACCUGCUGCAAGCACCAGUUGUGAGAAGGCGUCUGGCUCUGUGGCGUCCGGCUCGGCGUCUCGUCCGUUCCUGCAGCGUGUGUUGCGGGCGGCACUGCCUCUCCACCUGCUGUUCCUGCUGUUGCUGGUGCUCACCUGCCUGGUGCCGCUGAGCCAGGACGACUACAGCUGCGCACUCACCAACAACUUCGCCCGCUCCUUCUACCCCAUGCUCCGCUACACCAACGGGCCCCCACCCACCUGAGCAGCGCACACACACACACAACACACACACACACACCCUCACACAUCCCCUGCUGUGCUGCUGUAGAGACCCUGUAGCGUCCCCUCCUCUCCUGGGGUUUAUCUCUGGAGUUCUGGGCGCCUGGCCUUCUGGACGUUUGUUUUUAGGGAGACUUGUUCUCUCAGCUGUUUAUGCUCUGAGAGGUCAAAGGUCGCUCCCUCUGGAGUUAUGGAGGAGCUGGACCCUCAGAGAGGUCAAAGGUCGCUCCCUCUGGAGUUAUGGAGGAGCUGCUUGUUAACUUGUAAAAAAUAAUUAUGAUCUCUUUGGAGAACACCCCUUACACUGGUCAGAAAAAAUACAAAUAAGUAAUUUAUUUUGUACAUUUAAAGUCUUGAAUAUAUUUUAGAUUAAUUUAAUUUCCUUGUCUGAUUGUCCAAAGGACCCUGGGCUGGGACCGAUACCUGGCGUGGUUUUGUACAUAUUAACUAAACGGAACUGACGUUUCUACCACUGUUAAUCUGUUAAUCUAGACGUGUGAUUUUUUUUGUUUCUUUUU